AUUUCAUUCACAUUUUUUAUUUUUUAAAAAAAAAAUUUAUUUAUUCACAGAGAGUUGCUUAGUAAAGAAGCUUCAUUUCUCUACCUUUCUUUUUAUUGGAAAUUCUUUUCCCAUUCCUCCUCACCACCUCAAACCCUUUCUCUAAGGAAGAAAAGAAAAGAAGAAUUAAAGAUGGGAAGAGGAAAGAUAGAGAUAAAGAGAAUAGAAAACACAACAAAUAGACAAGUGACAUUCUGUAAGAGAAGAAAUGGACUUUUGAAAAAAGCUUAUGAACUCUCUGUUCUUUGUGAUGCUGAAGUUGCCCUCAUUGUCUUCUCCAGCCGUGGCCGUCUCUAUGAGUACUCCAAUAACAGCAUCAAAACUACAAUUGAGAGGUACAAGAAGGCUUGUUCUGAUAGCUCAGCUACUAGCUCUGUCACUGAACUAAAUACUCAAUAUUAUCAGCAAGAAUCGGCUAAGCUGCGUCAACAAAUACAAAUGCUUCAGAAUUCCAACAGCAAUCUUGUUAGGCACUUGAUGGGGGACUCCUUGAGUGCUCUUACUGUCAAAGAACUCAAGCAACUUGAAAAUAGGCUUGAAAGAGGCAUCACUAGAAUCAGAUCAAAGAAGCAUGAAAUGUUGCUAGCAGAAAUUGAGUACCUUCAGAAAAGGGAGAUUGAGCUGGAGAAUGAAAAUGUGUGUAUUAGAACCAAGAUAGCAGAAGUUGAGAGAGUUCAACAAGCAAACAUGGUGUCUGGACAAGAACUGAACGCAAUUCAGGCAUUGGCUUCUCGCAAUUUUUUCUCUCCUAAUAUGAUGGAAGGUGGUGGAGCUGUUACUUUCUCUCAUCAAGACAAGAAGAUGCUUCAUCUUGGGUGAUGAUUUGGAGCUGUUUUGGAGACCAAAAUGAUGGGGACAAAUGUUUGUUUUAAUUAACAUUCAGAAAAUCAUUGAGAUUACAGAAGAAUUAAAAUAAAAUAUGCCAUCAUUUUCUGAAGUAAAAAAUUUAAUUAAUUUUACUUAAUGAUUAGUGAUCAUUAUGAUCAGUGUGUGAUGUGAUUUGCAGCUGUGUGUUUCACAUUAUAUAUAUUAUAUACUACAUACAUAUGAUAUAUACUACAAUGACUCUAAUGCUGAUGAUGUGUAAUCCUAUAGAUUAUUUUUGUGCCUACAUGGACCAAUAGGAGUGUGAAACUUGACUAUUCUUAAGUUCUACUUUUCUCUUAAAUAUUGUUC